CGGUGGUAUUCCGGUGUGUUAGAACAGCUUCCGGCGGGGUCUGGACGUUGAUGUCUUGCGUCUGACGCCUUGUUGCACUCGAAGCUGAGCGAGCUUCGGAGGAGUGUGGAGGAAUUCACGUAUUUGCUGCGGUAACCUCAUCAGUCUGCCAAGAUGGCGAUGCAAGCGGCCAAGAGAGCGAACAUUCGACUUCCACCUGAAGUAAAUCGAAUUUUGUAUAUAAGAAAUUUGCCCUACAAAAUCACGGCUGAAGAAAUGUAUGAUAUAUUUGGGAAAUAUGGACCUAUUCGUCAAAUCAGAGUGGGGAACACACCUGAAACUAGAGGAACAGCUUAUGUGGUCUAUGAAGACAUCUUUGAUGCCAAGAAUGCGUGUGAUCACCUGUCAGGAUUCAAUGUUUGCAACAGAUACCUCGUGGUUUUGUACUAUAAUGCCAACAGGGCAUUUCAGAAGAUGGACACAAAGAAGAAGGAAGAACAGUUGAAGCUUCUCAAGGAGAAAUACGGCAUCAACACAGAUCCACCAAAGUAAACGUUUUCUGCAUUUUCAUUUUGGACUGUUUAAAACCCAUGAAUGACCACCACUACCCUUUUUUUUUUUUAACUAAUAGUGAAUGUUGUGAUUUCUUAUUUGAGAUUCAAAAAGACCUCCUUGAAACUUUGAUAUAUUUUAGAAUAUAUUAUGUUAAUAAACUUGUAGCUUUUUGUAAAACA